GACUGCGGCACGCGAGGUUCUCACAGCGCAACUACAUUAUUACCUCGUGCUUUCAUUACGCGUGUCCAAUAAUUUUUAUCCACAUUUGCCCGCGCAACGUGACACACUCAAAGUGAUUUGUGAGACUGUAAAACUAAUAUGGUUUCAACAUGGUUUUAACAUUGGUUGUUUUGAGUACGACCCAGUGAAUCGUGAAAUUCAAUGUCAAUAAGGAUUUUGUGAUUAAUUUGUGAUUCUGAGGUGAACAUUGACUGUGAUUUUGUCGAGACGGGUGAUAACAUUCAAUAAUUGAGGGAACAAGGGAUUGAGUUGUGUGAACAGAGUGACUAUUCAGUGGCAACAUUGGGUUUAUUAAUACGGGAGAUUUAAAAAAUUGGGCAUGUGUCGUGGGAGAUAAAUAUCAAGAGGCUCUGGGGCUCGCAGUGACUUCGGCCCUGUUGAGAUAAUUGUUCAAGUACUGUUGGUUUGAACUGUCCCUGUCAAAACGGAUCACGGAUUUUUUCCCUGGAGUGAUGACGUAACGUGUCGUGGUAAUUUAUUUGAGUUUGACGAUAAAGUGGCAUUUAGAGAAGUUAUCGUGGAACAUCAAAAAACGGCAACAGACAGUCUGCUGGAGGGGGAGGCUCAGCGAUAUUACAAGACAGAUAACGAGUCAUCGGGAUGCUCGGUUGACAUGGCGGAGGGCUCAGCCGAGGAGGAACAGAGCAGUACCGCUGCGCCAGCAUCACCCCCAGCUGACUUACGCACCCAGACAACCCACCUGUCAACAUCACCACCUUAUCAUCACAGACGUCUCCAGCCGCGUCAAUUGCCAUAUAGACAGCAUCCUAACAUGUUGGCAACAGUAGCGCCACCACGUCACACCCACAGCGGCCUUCUGUCCCAUCACAUAAAAACCGAGAGCGACAUGGAGGCACCCUGCGAUGUACCACUGAAUCUCAAGAGCGAGGAGAGUGACCGAAGUAGUGCUGGCAGUCCAGAGCCAGCGUCAGGAGUGUUCCAUGAGCAUCAGAUGUUGAUAGAGAACAUGAAGAAUUCGAGAAGACGGAGGAGUGCAUCACCGGACAAUAUGUCACAUGGGAAACACAGUGCUGAGGCACAUCUCAAUGGGACCAUGGCAGGAAUGGUGACGCUGCAAAAUCUUCAAAAUCUAGCGAAUCUUCAAAAUCUCCCACAAGUCGCAUCACUGGCAGCAGGUCUUCAAGGCAUGUCAGCAGGUUUAACCAGCAAUCAGCUGAUUAACACACCCCUGAAUCUAACAGUCAGUGCAGCUGGUACAGUAUCAACUCCCUCUAGUACAACAGCCGGCUCUCAUCUCUUACCCCCAAGUUCAGCUCCAAUGGCAACACUACCACAGCUACUUUCGCAACCUCAGCCUGUAGCGAUGCCCCAGUUCAUCCUCACAUCGGGUCAAUUGGUCCAAGGAAUUCAAGGUGCUCAAUUAUUAAUCCCAACGUCUCAAGGUAUUGCAACGCAAACGAUACUCACCAUUCCAGUUAGUCACGUGACGAAUAAUCAAAUGGUCAAUUUGGCGCUGAGUAAUGGACAAGUUGUAUCAACGACAUUAGCUAAUCUACAGUCAAUUGCGCAACCUCAAACUAUGAUGAAUACAUCGACCAAUGUGCCAACGAGUCAGAAUUUGGCAACGGGAUUGGCUUUGAAUCCCGCGGCUCUCCCACACCUAUUGAGUAACAGUUCUGCAAGUCAGCAGCUACUGAAUGCCAUGCAACCACAACAGCUUCUUCAAGCCGCACAGGCAGCCCAGGCUCAAGCUGCCCAAGCGGUCCAAGCAGCUCAGGCAUCGCAACAACCACUUCUCACCACCUCACCGCAACAGCAACAACAUAGCCAUCAUCGGCAUACCUCCCACCUUAACCACUACCAGUCUUCAGAGAAACAUCACAGAGAACGGCCGGAAGCUUCGUCACCUCUCAAUGGUCCUGCUGUUUCGGCGGCCUCUGCUCUCAAUAGACUGGCUGCUAGUAAUGGAGAGAUUACGAUUACUACGACACACGGACCAGGAAGUACGGGAGUCAAGGCCUCACCAAGUAGUAUGCACAGUCCGAAGGAUGACGAUGACGAUCUACUCAGCGAUUCUCCAAAUCAACCGACAAUCAACGAAGCUACGAAUAAUGUUGUAGAUGGUAUCAACCUCGACGAGAUUAAAGAAUUCGCAAAAGCCUUCAAAAUCCGACGAUUAUCCCUCGGCCUGACGCAAACCCAAGUCGGCCAAUCACUCAGCAUCACCGAGGGACCGGCUUACAGUCAAAGUGCUAUAUGCAGUGCCCUGGCUACCCAGAUGUACGCCUCGCAGAUUGCCUCUCAGCAGCAAGCUAUGUUUGAAAAGCUGGAUAUCACCCCAAAGAGUGCACAGAAAAUCAAGCCAGUUCUUGCGAGGUGGAUGAAAGAGGCUGAAGAGAGUGUGUUUGAUUACAGGUACAAAACCGGGGCCAAUAACCUGACGGACUUCAUUGGCGUUGAACCGAGUAAAAAACGAAAACGACGCACAUCUUUUACACCCCAGGCUUUGGAACUUCUGAACUCACAUUUUGAUAAGAAUACGCAUCCUACGGGUAAUGAGAUAACGUCGUUAGCACAGCAGCUCGGAUAUGAGAGAGAAGUCAUAAGAAUCUGGUUCUGCAAUAAGCGACAAGCCCUGAAGAACACAGUCCGAAUGAUGUCGAAAACAGUGGGCUGAAUUCAUUCCGAUCAUCAAAUGAGAUUCAAACAUAAACUCCUCAUCUAGACUGGAAUUAUUUUUCAAAUAGACAUCACGUUCUCGAUAAUUAGAGAGGAUAUAGCAUGAAGCAGUUUUGGAAAUUCAUACCCACACCAAUAACCAUUGAUAUUUCUGCAAAUCGAGGCUGUGUCAUUAAAAAUAACUGACAUUAUGUGUCGGAACAAUUCCAUCACUUCUUUACAUUCUGAGAUUGCCUGACGGAAAACCCCGAGAGAACCAUUGAAAAAAAAAAAUGUAAUAAUAAAAUUCUACGAGAAUUGUGAUUGUAACGUAUACGGCGUGUAUUAUGUGUAAAUAAUUAUUGUUUACUGUCUUAAAGACUUGUGAUUCAUAUGAUAGACGUAGUAAACAGGUGAAUAAUAAUGCGGAGGGCAGCGGAUGAUAAUCGUUGAUGUUUCCUCGAUUUGUUCCUCGAACUGUUAAUCGACAGUGAACAUUAAUGAUCAUAAUUGACAUUAAAAAACAGACAGAAUAAUGAACAUUGUCAGAACAAAAUACACUAAUUCAAUGAUGAAAUAAUCCAGCUAUUCAAUUAAACCAACAAUGUUUACGUCCGGCUAAUUUGUUCGUCCGAUUGACCGUCGUGUCGCCAGGCUCAAAGACUCUCUAGAAUUACGCCAACAUAACAAAAAAGAUAUUUAAGUAUUCUGAAUUGAUUAAAGGAGAAUGCAGAACUAUAGUUAAGAUAAAGCGCAAUAACUUCUGUGAAAGUAAUAACUACUUAUUAUAGUAAUUAUUUCCUUUAAUGCACGGUCUGAACAAGUUUGUCAUUUUAAGAACAAAAAAAAAAAACAAAGACAAUUUUAAGUAAUACUAUUCAUAUUUCUGCGAUGCUAGUCCGCAAUACUCUGCCAUAAUUCAAAGUAUACGAUUAUAAUUUUAUUUGUUUCAUCACAUUGUUUCAUUUCACAUUUUUCUUUUUCCUCUUUUUUUUUUUGGUUGGUUAAAUUGUGAAAAUUCAAGUCUGAAUUUGGAAUGUUUUAUGCUGACGCGUUUUUGUUCUUUUUGGCGGAUUUAAGUAUAUUGUUUUUACUCAGUAUGAAAGAAGGACAAGAUGAUAUCUACAUGAUAUAGAACACAGUCUGAUAAAAACAAAUAUGGUACUCCUACAAUUGUGCUACGUGUUAAUUAAUGUAAUGAUGCCGAACAAAAUAGAUCCCACUUUAAUUUUAAUCAUAAACAUUUUCUUUAUUAUUGAGAAUAUGGAGAUUUUUGUACAUACAUUAUGGAAUAAUUAAAAUAGUAGGCAUUGUAAUAUUAAAGUACCUUUAAUAUAUAAAUAUAUAAAUAUGAAAUAUAAAUAUAAAGUCUAUAUUAUAGCUAUCAAAUAGCUAGGAGAACAACACAAGACAUGGAAAUAUUAAAGUACCAUAAAAUAUGAUUAAUAUGAGGAAUUAAGAACGCAUGUGCAGGUAUUUAAGAUUCAUAUUUAGAAAGCAAAAUGAAAGAGAGAUGAGUUUUGAUUACCGUAGUUGUAUUAUAAAAUGGUGGAAACACAAAUGGAUGGAGAGUUGAUGAAUUCCGAAAUUCAAAAUUAUAGUCUCGGCUGAAAAAAAUAAAAAUGGAGUAUCUUAUCUUUUUCAUAAAGAAGCGGCGAAAAUUGAGAGAAAAAAAAGUUUGUACAAAGAUAUUCCGGUUAUUAAAUUUUGUUAUGAAAAAAAUGUGAGGGAGUGGAAAAAUUGCAAGGCAACAAAAAAAAAUGUAGAAUGAAGAAACAUGUGUAUUUUCUUCG